GCGAGCAAUGAUCCCAAUACGAGCGAGUUAUAUGAUCAUAUACUUAAUUACACAACGAGUAUGGGAUGAACGAUUUGUCUUUCAUUCUGUUUUAGCUGCACCAGACAGACCCAACGAUUACAUCAUGCGCUAGGGCCUCUUGUUACCCCGAUCAUGCUUCUUGCUCCCGUCGACGUCGCGGCAAAUAUGGGCUAAGUUCUACUUGCAGCACCAAAUAAAUCCAGCAGCAGUGAUCAACCCAGGAUCAACAACAUGGGCAACGCCGGCAGCACAGCCGGCCAGGAGGCGGCCCUGCUGCAGUUUGCAGAGGCGGUGGGGACGCUGAAAACCGCAGCCGCGAAAGUGGUACAGCAGCAGGCCCGGACGAAUUCACCGGACAGCGCGUGUCUGGAUCUUUCUCUCGCAUCACCCGGUAGUUCCUCGCAGCUGAGGCAAGCGGUGGAGGUUUUGGUUGGAAACCAUUUGGACCACCUCCCAGUGGGGCAAAAUCAUCCAUCCUCGUCAUCGUCUACUUCUUCUACUUCACCCUCAGGGAAUAAACCAACCGGCACGUCGGCCACGUCGUCCUCAACAUCCUCCAAAACGAUCCCCCGCGCCGCCAUCGCACUGGAAGACCUCGUCGAGAUGCUUCCGGCAACCAACGAUGAGUGGCUGUUCACGCGGGUGAAAGGUGCGGAAGGUUUUGCACUGCCGCUGGACGGGAUAAAGAAGGGCAAGAACUCGCCGAAAGCAGAAGACGACACAACUACUAGUGGCCGCGCGGAGAUCAAAAACUAUGGGAACGAGAAGAACGCCCCUACGACAACACUGAUCCAGCUGUUAUUGCAGAAGCUGAUUGACGUUCUGGAAGAAGAAGCGUUUGACUCGCCAGUGGAUGACAUUCUAGCAGGAGUGGAAGACGAUACUAGCCCAAAGGAUGAUGACACGAGCAGGCUAAUCCAGCUGCAAAAUUCGCACCUGAAAAAGCUGCACGCGAUUAGGAUGUUGACGCGAUUACUGCCGAUUUUCCUGGGAACAACGACAGAAGUCGCUGGAAUAUUAUCUUCUGAAGAUGGGACGAACAAUUAUGACCAAGGGGCAACAUCUUCGUCGUCGUUGUUGUUCCCGGGUGCUGGUGGUGCAGAAGACGAGGCCAAUUUUCUCGCAGACCAGUCCACGGCCCUGCAGUUUUCGUUCAACUUGCUGGAAGCCAUCCAACUUAUGCUCUUUGAGAAGAACAGCAGUGGCACAUCAACCAGCAAGACAAACUCCAAAUCCCGCACCGACCCGGCGCACGUCGACCCGCGGCUGUUGUGGCGGUGCGGGGUCGGGGUCGCAUUGGAGUAUGAGAUGAUGAUGCGACAGUCACCUGCUUCUGGAAGUUCUUCGGGCGGAUUCAACAACUCAGCUGGUAGUGGUGCAGGAACUACAGCUACUGCUAUUGGCGGGUCAGAAAAUAGAUCAACAUCGCAGUACAACCAGACGAGCACCAGAACCACAGACCCCUUCUACUCAGAACUACAAGUCCGCGAAAAGGAGCAAGAGCUGCGGAAUGAGCUCCUUCUCCUUCUCCUCGUGGCCCUAAGCGGCGCCUUGUUUAAAACCGCGGGGGAGUUAGCCGGGCGACAGGAGGAAAUAGUAUCGGAAGAUGAAUUGAGCUUGAGCAACGAAAACACAACUCCAGCGCAAAUUGCAAAUGCAAUGCUCUCCGGGACGAGCAGUACAUCAAGAGCUAGGCAGAGAAGCAUGAGUAGAGAUGAAGGUGAGAUCAUGGGUGCGAACGAUUUGAGCACCUUGAGUGCCGUGGUGGAUGAGAAGUUGUGGCUUCAGGUUUUCGUCACUGGCUACUUUGCGCAUAUCAAAUGCAAAAGUGUCUGGGUCUGGAAGAUUGCGAGAUUUGUCAUGCUUGUCAGGGAUGACCAAAAAGCUUGUGAUGCGUGUCCAAGACCAGACCCCUUUGCCUGUCAUGCAAAAACGCAGUUUGUCAUGCGAAAAACGCAACACACAGAAGCGCAGAGAUUUCUCAUGCGUGGCUGUGCAUUACAGAGCAUUCACUAUUCCCAGCACAGCAUUACAAGUUUCCAGACCCAGACAUAUUUGCAUUUGAUAGCGCACACCGCGAAUCUAUUCUUCUCACUGAUGAGCACGGUAUUUUUUAAACUUGUUGAACAACAACUUCUGAUGAGUUGUUUCCAAGUUUGCAUUUGGAUUCGCUUUCAACAUGAUGGAUAAGUUUUUGCAUAAUAUCUGAUUUUUGUAGUCUGUUAUGCAGUAUGCCUAGGAUUGCAUCCUCCAAAUUGAAAUUUCCUAUCAGGUCUUCUCCCCACCCCGCUUACCAAUCUCCACCAGUCGAUUCUCCUUUCUCGGCGGGCUAUUCUUCGGCAAUAGUACUAAGUCCGCAACCACGUCGGAGCGUAUGGAAUUCCAGGAGCAAAAUACAGUGGAAUUGAGCAUCAUGCUGCUCUCCAUUCUCCUCGAUUUCGAAGCCGGUGCUGGUGCGACAACGUCAUUAUGCAUUGCAAAUAUGUCUGGGUCUGGAACAAGGAUCCAAACUUGUCAUGCUGUCUUUGGAUUCUAAAAAAGUCUGUAUUGCAUGACAAACAAGAGGGGCCCAGAUUGUGCUACGCGGAGAGGGCGUUUGUCAUGCGGAGUGGGCAUCACAAAGCCUUCCAAAAAUCUGUGAUGCUAAGUCAUGCACUACAGGCACGAUGGGUCAUGCAGAAUAUGCAUGACAAACCCGGCAAUCUACUUCCAGACCCAGACCUAGUAUUUGCAUUUGAUAGUCAUUCCCUUUCAACAACCAGUCCCCCACGUAUAACCAACGCCGGUACCAGAAGCGGAAUUUGGUCCAAGCGAGGGAUGAGGCCGCGUUUGAAAGAGAACAAGAACUUUUGCAGUACCGACAGCAAGAACAUGCGGAUGUUGAACUGCAGCAACACAAACUGUCGAAGAACAUCAGCGACCAGAAUCUCUCUGACGGCGGAGGCACGGUGUCUUCCGCGGAUCAGCACGUUUCCGUUUCCAGCUCGGAUCAUGAUCCCAUGUCUUCCUCCGGCGGGGGUAUAGGCAUAGCCGGCGGUGGUCCUGGAGAAGCUCCGGCAAUAGGUCACCCUCCAGCCCCCGCAACAAGCAACCGCUCCAGUCGGAGGUCGAGCAAAAGUAGAACCCAGGACGUCAACUCGACGAGUUCACAGCUAGACCACGGUGAUGGCACAGAGCAAGUAGAAUCCAAUGCGUUCCGGUGUUUACUACAAAGCAUCGAGAAAGACUCCGAGCUGGAUCUGAUCCUAGACUAUCAACUGCAAAUAUGUCUGGGUCUGGAAGAAUGUAUGUUUGUCAUGCGUGUCUUGCAUGACUCUUAAAUCUGUCAUGUAUGUUACCCAAGAGCCCCAUUUUUCUGUCAUGCAGAAACGCAGUUUGUCAUGCAGAAUAGGCAACGCCUAGAAGCUCAAAGACUUGUCAUGCUGGGCCAGCUCUUGUGGCCUCCUCAUGAUACGCCACCCAGCAUCACAAAUUUCCAGACCCAGACACUUUUGCACAGGAUAUAGAUGGGUUCCUAAGGCAGAUGAACGUGGCGGACGUGAUUAUUUACGGCUAUAACGCGAACACUUACUCGACUGCGACGUCCAAAGCGCUCCAAAACCGGGAAGAGAGGAAGGAUUUGACGGACACAAACUUGAUUCUCAUCCUUCUCUGGCAGUGCUUACACCACAACCCGUUGUUGUUACAAAGGCUCGGAACGGCCAACGCCGGAAUCCACACCCCCGGGCAGCCGAGUCGGGGGUUGGUGUUUUCGUUGUUUCUGUUGAAGCAACUGGCGAGAAUGCACGCCCAGAAUUUGGACGCGAUGCAGGUCGUGCACAAUACUAGCAGCAGUUCUAGUACUUCGGAACAACAGCAGAGUAGAGCAGGUGGCGCAGCAGCUGGUGUAGUUCCUUCCCAACAAACAAUGACCUCCAGAACAGCAGAGCUCCACCUUUGCUCGUUUUUGCUUUUGCUUCUAUUAUGCGUUGCAAAAGUAUCGUACUCGUAUAAAUGCAUGACAAAUUUCCUCAGCAUGAGAGGGAGAAUUUGUAAUGGGGAUUUACCUUCAUAAAAUGAUUUGUAAUGCAUGAUUCCCAUACGACUACGAGUACGAUACUUUUGCACAGGAUAUCUAUCGGGCGAACGGAACAUCGCAGUUUCUCUCAACAUAUCAAAUGUAAAAAUGUCUGGGUCUGGAAGAAUGCAACUUGUCAUGCUAAAUCUGAAGCAUGCAAAAAUCUGUGUUGCAUGAUUACCAAAAGUCGUCCAGUUUUGACCAAGUCGGGAGGGAGUUUCUCAUGCAGGAUAGGCAUGAGAGAGAUUGCGCAGAAUCUGUCAUGCUAGGUCCUGCAUUCCAGGCUUCAUGGGUCAUGGAAAAGCUGCAUGACAAACCGCGUAUUCUUCUAGACCCAGACAUUUUUGCAUUUGAUCAAACACGAGUAUCAACACGAACGGAAAUAAGUGGUGGGCGGUGGAGGUGUUAAACUCUUUUUCGAAAAACCUACACAGCACAGGUAGUGGCGUCGCCAAAGCGGCCGCGCGGACAGCAACCGCCGGGCCUCGCAGUACCGAAAUGGAGCAGGCGAUUCAGCAAAUCAGCAAACACUUACUUGCAGAGUCCAAGCCCGCCACUUUCGCGGAUUUUUUCGUGUUGGUCCUGCUGAAAUUGAUAAGCGACUCGUUGCUGAAGGAUGAGCCGUUGGUGGAUUUGCUACUGACAAUCCUCUGCAACAUCUCGCCUAUGCAGUGCAAAACAAGUAUCGUACUAGUAUAAAUCGCAUGACAAAUUUCCUCAGCAAGCGAAAUAAAAUUUGUGAUGCGGAUUUAACCUUGAAACAAAAAUUUGUAAUGCAUGACUGCGAUUACUACUAGUACGAUAUUUUUGCAAUGCAUAUCGCCUUACCUGAAACAACUGGCGGUCACAACGUGUUUGAAGCUCACCUCCUUUUUCGAACGAAUCUGCAAAAAGAAUUAUCUCUUGAAAAACAGCACGAAUUACCGGAAUUUGUUUCUCCUCAUCGAGUUUUUCACCAACAUUAUCCAGUACCAAGCGGAAGGGAAUCAGGUUUUGCUCUACUCUCUCGUGCGGGUCAAGAGUGUGUUUGAGAAAUUGGAAGAAAUGGAGUUAGAUGAGGAGAUUGCAGAGCGGGAGGUUGAAAGGAUGAGAAAUGACAGAGAUCAAGGCCAAAUUGCAGGGUCUCAACUAUCCGACUCAACUACCACCAGCAAGCAGUCUUCCAAGGGAAAAAAUACAACAACAGCAGCGGCAGCAGCAGCAACAGGAACAGCUACCUCCGGAAAAGAUAAAGACCCCAAUGAACUACAAGUCAACAAGCAAAGAUCCCACAGCUCUGACACGACAACGUCGACCAGCAGGUACGAACAACAAUUGCUGAACAAAAAACUUUGGUUCCAUUCCUGGCACGACCAGAAACUGCCACAAGUUCUCAGCACGGUGAAGCACCUGAUUUACAAGCUAGAGCCGGAGAUUAUUGAGCAGUUCUACAACACUGCUCGCGAGGUAUGCACUGCAAAAGUAUCGUACCAGUUCUAGUAUGAAUUGCAUUACAAAUUAGCCCAGCAUUUUUAACUAAAUUUGUAAUGCUGAUUUACCUUGAGAAAGCGAUUUGUACUAAUGCAUAAACGCAAUGACUACGAGUACGAUGCUUUUGCACAGGAUACGAGGGCCCCGCUGGCAACUACGCAUCCGGAGACACCGCGCCGCCGGAUAUGGACACGAUUAUUGAGUACAUGCGGACCAACACGACCACCGUCGGUUUACUCCCCCAGCCCCACGCGAUUGUGGUGAGGACGUACAUACCAAAUUUGUACACGACGAUCUGGUUCACGCAUUUCCUGUACGGCGCGGCAUUUGCGAAGAUCACGACGGCGUUGGCGCCGUUGUCCUCGAGCGCGUCCGGGGGAGUGUCUGCGGCGGGGAACGCGGGGGAAAGUUUGAGUCUCGCCGGGCUGUACGACUGUAAGAAGAUUAAGCUGGUAAACGUGGUGAUGGCGUGAUGAAACAGUGCGCGGCGACUUGGAUACAGAUACUUACGACGGGGAGGCACGUUGUGGUGUAGUGUUUUCUGGUUUGACCACGAGGACGGGAAGUCACGUUGUGGCGUUGUCCUGGAAAGAUGUUGACCGUAGUUGGAGAGAGUCGACGAAGAUACGGCACUACGUGGGUGCCGAAGGCUGUCGUGUGAUUCUUGCUCUAUUGUAGAUUGUUCUUGUAAAUAAUGCUUGUCAACGCAGAUGACGGUUUGCUGAGUUCUUGUCCUCAUUUUUAUUCGCUAAAUUCAUAGGUUGUGCACCAAAACGGAUAUUAGACGUUGAGUUGUGUGGUUAAGCGUUACAAAUAAGUGGUAGAAGCAAAAAAAGAGCUCGAGUGGAAGGCAAACUACAGCCUGAAGUUGUUUAAGUGGACGCUCCGUCUCCGUGCAAUAUCAAAAUCAAAUGUUUGAUUUGAGCGAGUGCUAGAGCAGAAGUCUCAACACCUCCGAAUGAAUCUGGUGCAAGUACUAGUACAACGAAUGAUCGAAAGCUGCAGCCUAACACCAGCGCUGCUUGUUGUGCGCAAAGUGUGACAAAGCGAAAAGUAGUGGC